CUCACCGCCGCCAGAACUGAAAACGCUAAUCCACGAAUUUAUUAGUCCAGUCUCGCGGCAGGAUUGGCAGAGUCAUCAUGUGGGUCGGUCGCAGACUGCUUUCGCUCCUUGCCAUCGUCGUUGGGUCGACGCUGACCUUCUGUGCGGCACAAGGCAUCAAUGAAGAGUGCACGCUGCUGUCUGGAGGGCCUGGCGUGUGUCGGAAGAUCACGGAGUGCCCGGAAGUCGCUCAGUUUGCCCACAGGCGUGAAGUGAAGUACUGUGGUACCGUCGGUCGCGUCGCCAUCGUGUGUUGUCCUGCGGAUUCCAGCUCGUGUUCCAGCGCAGGGGAUAACGGAGGCAUCGCUGCUCCGGCAGUUAAUUUCGAGUGUGGACUUCAAGCCACGAGGACCAUACCGCACCCCGGCGGCCUCCCGUCCCGCCGCCGUCGUAGGAGUCUCGCUGGCCAAAGUAUCGGUAUCGGAGCCUCGGUAUUCGCAGGACUCGUGUUGGGCGGCAUUACGUCCAGGGUCAGCGCCUGGCCGUGGAUGGCUCUCCUCGGUGAAAAGGACAGCACCAACACCCCAGACUGGCUCUGUGCAGGCUCCCUCAUCAACGACCAAUGGGUCCUCACUGCUGCCCACUGCUUCGAUUCCAGAAAUCCAGACGUCGUACGACUCGGAGAACACGACUACGACGACCCGAGCGAGACGACUCACGAGGACUACGCUAUCAGCCAGACGGUCGUCUACCCUCACUACGUCCCUGAACAAGCCUACCACGACCUCGCGCUCAUCAAGCUCGACAGGAAGGUGCAGAUAAAGGAUUUCAUCCGGCCCGUGUGCCUGCCGUGGAACCAGAGGAACCCGUCGCGCCUCGUGAACAGCGGAGUCACCGUCACCGGCUGGGGAAGGACCCAGUCAGGUGGCCGCAGGAGUUCGACUCUGCAGGAAGUUGAGCUGAAAGUGUUCCCCUCGUCCAGGUGCCAUGUGCAGUACAAGGAACUGGUAUUCUUCAAUAGAGUUUGGCCUUCUGGGAUCGCCGGAGAGACCAUGUGUGCUGGCACUACUACAGGAGGCAAAGACGCUUGUCAGGGCGACUCUGGCGGCCCGGCCGUGCACCACGAAUGCAAGCGAUACACUCUGGCGGGAGUCAUCUCCAAGGGCUACGACUGCGGCCUUCGGGACUUCGCCGGGCUCUACGUCAACGUCCGACAGCGGUUCUAUCUCCAGUGGAUUAAAGAGACCGCGUUCUAAAGACGGUUUUCUGGAUGUUCAUUAAUGGCGCUGCUGAGUCUUGGCGUUACUUUUGAUCGCACUUUGAGCCAAGGCUAGCUUUACCAAUCAGUUUUAUAGCACUGGAAUAAAAAUAACUAUCUGCAGUGAGUUGUGGAAAAUAGGCUUUGAUGUAUGUUCAUUUAAAUGUAAUUGAGAAUCUUUAAGAUUUUUGUAUCGUUGUUAAUUAUUGGUCUUCAGAAUAAUUAUAAAACGAAUAGUUUUAUCAUUAGAUAUAAAUGAAAUAAAACAUAAAACAUAAA